GGUCAGAGAAGAUGCGCCAGGGUUUUGUCCUGCUCCGCUCUGCUCUGUUACGCCCUUGAAGAUUAAGAUGGAGAUGAUGAUGCACAACUUCAAAUGGAUACGAUGCCCCCUCUUUAAACAGGUGCCUUCUCCUCAUCCUCAUCCUCCUCAUUCUUCCAGACAAUACUCCAAAACCUCCUCAUCUCAACAUCAACACACACACAAACAGUCCAUUAUGCACAAAUUCAAUCAGUCCAUUAUUGCCCUCUGUAAAUCGGGAAACACAAACAAGGCCUGGGACCUUUUACAUUCAGCCAUUACUCAACGCCGUCCUCUCGAUGUCGUAUCCUUCAACACGCUUUUGGGUGGCCUUGGAAACUCUGGUGAUAUCCCUCGAAUCAACACCCUUCUUGCUGAAAUGAAAGAGAUGGAAAUACAUCCAAAUGUUGUCACUUAUAACACCCUCAUAAAGGCUUCGUGUAAACGGGAUCAAAUAGAGGAAGCACUUGGGAUUUUUCACGGAAUGAGGCACGUUCAUUGUUUCCCUAAUAUCGUUACAUACAGCACCCUAAUUGAUUGGAUAUGUAAAAGAGGUAGAGUAGAUGAAGCCCUUGUAUUGUUUGCUGAGAUGAUACAAACUGGUAUUUCUCCAGAUAUUAUUGUGUGCAAUACCCUAAUAAACGGUCUCUGCAUGGUGGGAAGGGAAGAUGAAGCCUUAAGGUUAGUAGCUGGAAUGAAACAUAGUUACUGCACUCCAAAUAUUGUUACAUACAACACCCUAAUUGAUGGGAUCUGCAAACGAGGUAGAGUAGUUGAAGCUCUUGUUUUGUUUGCUGAGAUGAUACAAACUGGCGUUUCUCCUAAUAUUAUUUCAUGCAGUACCCUAAUUAAUGGUCUCUGCAAGGUGGGAAGGGAAGAUGAAGCCUUAAGGUUAGUAGCUGGAAUGAAACAUAGUUACUGCACUCCAGAUAUUGUUACAUACAACACCCUGAUUGAUGGUCUUUGCAAAGUAGAAAGAAUAGAUGAAUCUCUAGGAUUGGUAGGUAAAAUUCUGAUAAAUGGAUUUUGCAAGGCUGGGAAAACAGAAAAAGCCUACAAUCUGUUUGUACAAAUGAUGGAGUUUGGUCCUUUGCCUGAUGUAGUGACAUUUAAUUCAAUUAUUGAUGGACUGUGCAAAUAUGGCAGGAUGGACAAGGCUUGGAAUUGUUUCCAUGACAUGUCGAGAAGGGGUUUACAACCAAAUGUGAUUACUUAUAAUUCUUUGAUACGCAGCCUAUGUGAAUUGCAUGAGGUGGAAAAGGCCCAAAACUUGUUUAAAAAUAUGCUAAGCAAAGGCUGCUCCCCAGAUGUUGUUACCUACAACAUUCUAAUUGGUGAUUUAUGUCAGAGUAACAGGGCAAAAGAAGCAUUUACACUUAUUUCUGAGAUGGAAAAUAGGGGAUAUCUUCCUGAUGUAAUUACAUAUAAUUCACUAAUAUGUGCAUUCUGUAGAACGGGAGAAAUGAACAUGGUAGGAAAGAUUUUAGAGGAGAUGGCGACAAGGGAUUUGAAAACUGAUGAAGUGACAUACAACAAAGUCAUUGAUGGCCUGUGCAAGGCAGGAGAUUUUUCUACAGCACAUUCACUCUUUAAUACGAUGCUAGAUGAAGGCUUGACUCCUGAUGUAGUCACUUAUAACUGUCUGAUUGACGGCUAUUGCAAAAAUGGUGAAUCGGAUAAGGCCUUCAAGUAUUUUUCAAAGAUGAAAGUGGUUGGUAUUGCUCUGACUGUUGUAACCUAUACCAUAUUGAUUGGUUCUCUAUGCAAGGAAAACAAACUUGACAUGGCUCUCUCGAUGCUGAAUGAGAUGAGAACAAAACAUACAAUAAAUUAUUAUGCACCUUCCCUCUUUAAACACAUACCUUCUCCUCAUCCUCAUCCUCCUCAUUCUUCCAAACCAUACUCCAAAACCUCCUCAUCUCAACAUCAACACACACACAGAAACAGGACAAACCCCCUCCUCACAUCACCCACAAAUUUAAUGUCAAAUACUUCACUGAGUAUAUUACUGCCCUCUGUAAAUCGGGAAAGACAAACAAGGCCUGGGACCUUUUACAUUCAACCAUUACUCAACGCCUUCCUCUCGAUGUCGUAUCCUUCACCGCGCUUUUGGGUGGCCUUUCGAAUCAACACCCUUCUUGCUGAAAUGAAAGAGAUGGAAAUACAUCCAAAUGUUGUCACUUAUAACACUGUCAUAAAGGCUUCCUGUAAACGGGAUCAAAUAGAGGAAGCACUUGGGAUUUUUCACGGAAUGAGGCACGUUCAUUGUUUCCCUAAUAUCGUUACAUACAGCACCAUGAUUGAUUGGAUAUGUAAAAGAGGUAGAGUAGAUGAAGCCCUUGUAUUGUUUGCUGAGAUGAUACAAACUGGCAUUUCUCCUGAUAUUAUUGUGUGCAGUACCCUAAUUAAUGGUCUCUGAAAGGUGGGGAGGGAAGAUGAAGCUCUAAGGUUAUUAGCUGGAAAGAAAAAUAGUUACUGCUCCCCAAAUAUUGUUACAUACGACACCCUGAUUGAUGGUCUUUGCAAAGUAGAAAGAAUAGAUGAAGCUCUAGGAUUAGUAGGUAAAAUGUUGCAAGACGGCCAUUUUCUUAACAGCUAUACAUAUAAUAGUCUGAUAGAUGGAUUUUGCAAGGCUGGGAAAACAGACAAAGCCUACAAUCUAUUUGUAUAAAUGAUGGAGUUUGGUCCUUUGCCUGAUGUAGUGACAUUUAAUUCAAUUAUUGAUGGACUGUGCAAAGAUGGCAGGAUGGACAAGGCUUGGAAUUGUUUCCAUGACAUGUCGAGAAGGGGUUUACAACCAAAUGUGAUUACUUGUAAUUCUUUGAUACGCAGCCUAUGUGAAUUGCAUGAGGUGGAAAAGGCUCAAAAGUUGUUUAAAAAUAUAAGCAAAGGCUGCUCCCCAGAUGUUGUUACCUACAACACUCUGAUUGAUGGUUUAUGUCACAGUAACAGGGAAAUGGAAGCAUUUACACUUAUUUCUGAGAUGGAAAAUAGGGGAUAUCUUCCUGAUGCAAUUACAUAUAAUUCACUAAUAUGUGCAUUCUGUAGAACAGGAGAAAUGAACAUGGUAGGAAGGAUUUUAGAGGAGAUGGAGACAAGGGAUUUGAAAACUGAUGAAGUGACAUACAACAAAGUCAUUGAUGGCCUGUGCAAGGCAGGAGAUUUUUCUAGAGCACUUUCACUCUUUAAUAAGAUGCUAGAUGAAGGCUUGACUCCUGAUGUAGUCACUUAUAGCUAUCUGAUUGAUGCCCAUUGCAAAAAAGGUGAAACAGAUAAGGCCUUGAAGUAUUUUUUAAACAUGAAAGUGGUUCGUAUUGCUCCGACUGUUGUAACCUAUAAUAUAUUGAUUGAUUCUUUUUGCAAGGAAAACAAACUUAACAUGGCUUUCUCAAUGUUGAAUGAGAUGAGGACAAAUGAUUUAGUUCCAGACGUUGUAAUAUACAAUACAUUAUUACGCACCUUCCGUAAAAGACAUGACCUUGAAAAAACGUUUUUGGUGAUGGAUCUAAUGAAGAAAGAAGGUUGUGCUCCAAGUGAUAGAACUGUCUGGGCGGGCGCAGGAGGCGGCGGCGCGGGGGCGGCGCAGCUAGCGACGGGCGGCGGGCUGGCUGCGGGCGGGCGGCGCUCGGGCGGGGGUUCUCGGUGGGCGGCGCGGUGGGCGGCAGGCGGUGCAGCGGGGGCGCGGCGGGGGUUACCGCCGGCGGCGGUGGCCGCCGGGCUGCGCGUGCCUCCAAAAGAGGCUGCGCCCUCCUCAAAACAAAAAACCGCUUUUUUAAUAUAUUUUUUUUUGAUUUAG